UUUGUACUCUGUUUUGCUGUGCUUCGUCAUGAUUCCAUUCAAAAACGUGGACCCUCCACUACCACCUUUGGUUUCCGUUUCUCUAAUUUCUCGAAAACCAUAAAAAAAAAAAUCUCAAUCUCUGUGUUUUCCCUCUCCGUUUCUCAAAGACAAACCCUAGUUUCUCUACCUCGUGCUUCUGACAUUUCUGUUUUCUCAAAAUCCAGCUCGGUUUAUUCCAAUUUCAAAACUCUGGGUUUUAGUAGGUCAUCGUCAAAGUUGUCUCCUUUACGGUCCUUUUCACCAGCUUAAGAAUAAUUUUUUUUUUAAAAGGACGCCUGAAUUUAAAUAAUCAGGCUUCCGUAUAAAAAUCACACUCUUGUUUGUGUCAGUUAAAAAUCAGAGCUUGACCACCCCUCUCACCAUGGACGUUCCCGGAGAAUCACGGCUCGGCGGCGGCGGAGGCGGAAAUGACGGCGGUGACGGUUCGGUUGGUGUACAGAUCCGACAAACCCGGAGGCUACCGGAUUUUCUCCAAAGCGUGAAUCUCAAGUACGUGAAAUUAGGUUACCAUUACUUAAUCUCAAAUCUCUUGACUCUCUGUUUAUUCCCUCUCGCCGUCGCCAUCUCCGUCGAAGCGUCUCAGAUGAACCCAGACGAUCUCCGGCAGCUCUGGAUCCAUCUCCAAUACAAUCUGGUCAGUAUAAUCAUCUGCUCGGCGAUUCUAGUCUUCGGUUUAACCGUCUAUGUCAUGACCCGACCCAGACCCGUUUACUUGGUCGAUUUCUCCUGUUACCUCCCGCCUGAUCACCUCAAAGCUCCUUUCACUCGAUUCAUGGAUCACUCCAGACUCACCGGAGAUUUCGACGACUCUGCUCUCGAGUUUCAGCGCAAGAUCCUCGAACGCUCUGGUUUAGGAGAAGACACUUAUGUCCCUGAAGCUAUGCAUUACGUUCCUCCAAGAAUCUCGAUGGCUGCAGCUAGAGAAGAAGCUGAACAAGUCAUGUUCGGUGCUUUAGAUAACCUAUUUGCGAACACGAACGUGAAUCCAAAGGAUAUUGGGAUCCUCGUUGUGAACUGUAGUCUCUUUAACCCAACACCAUCGCUUUCCGCAAUGAUUGUGAACAAGUAUAAGCUUAGAGGUAACAUAAGAAGCUACAACCUUGGAGGAAUGGGUUGCAGCGCCGGAGUUAUAGCGGUGGAUUUGGCUAAAGACAUGUUGCUUGUACACAGGAAGACUUACGCGGUUGUUGUCUCGACGGAGAACAUAACUCAGAACUGGUAUUUCGGUAACAAGAAAUCGAUGUUGAUACCGAACUGCUUGUUUCGAGUUGGUGGCUCGGCGGUUUUGCUAUCGAACAAGUCUCGCGACAAGAGACGUGCUAAGUACAGGCUUGUGCAUGUGGUCAGGACUCAUCGUGGAGCAGACGAUAAAGCUUUUCGUUGUGUUUAUCAAGAACAGGACGAUACAGGAAGAACAGGGGUUUCUUUGUCGAAAGAUCUAAUGGCGAUUGCAGGGGAAACUCUCAAAACAAAUAUUACCACGUUAGGUCCUCUUGUUCUUCCGAUAAGCGAGCAGAUUCUCUUCUUUAUGACUUUAGUUGCGAAGAAGCUUUUUAACGGGAAAGUUAAACCGUAUAUACCGGAUUUCAAACUUGCUUUCGAGCAUUUCUGUAUCCAUGCUGGUGGGAGAGCUGUGAUUGAUGAGCUGGAGAAGAAUCUGCAGCUCUCACCUGUUCAUGUGGAGGCUUCGAGGAUGACUCUUCAUAGAUUUGGGAACACAUCUUCGAGCUCGAUUUGGUAUGAACUGGCUUAUAUCGAAGCGAAAGGAAGGAUGCGAAGAGGUAAUCGCGUUUGGCAAAUAGCGUUUGGGAGUGGGUUUAAAUGCAAUAGCGCGAUUUGGGAAGCGUUAAGGAAUGUGAAGCCUUCUAAAAAGAGUCCUUGGGAAGAUUGUAUUGACAAGUAUCCGGUGAAAUUAAGUUAUUAGCUAUGGUUGUUUCUUUAAAGAAAUUAGAUUUGAUCUUUGACAAUGUCAAUGUACUUGUUGUUUUUGUUUAUGUGUUUGGGAGAUUUUGUGAUGUUUUGAGUUUCAUUUCUUAAGCUCGUCAUGUGUGCAUAUCUUAGUUGUGUAAUGACGAAAUCACAAAAGAAAUGAGAAAAUAAUUUCCUUUGCUA